AUGCCGAAAAGUCACGAAGUGUGGAGUGAAGCCCAAUUUGUGAAUGUUGGACAGGGUAUGAAUACAGCCACGCACAAAUAUACAACAUCAACUAAUGAAGAAUUGUUUCCCAUUGCCUGUGGACAAUGCAGAAAGCUACAUAAGCGUUGUGAUAAGAAAUUACCAUCAUGUUCGAAAUGCGUUUCAAAGGGGUUGACCUGUACGUAUCAAGAACCAAAAAAGAAGGGUAGAACAAAGGGAUCUAAAAAUCAUGUCACUAGUACUGAAGGUAAUUCUAAAAAUCAACAAUCAAAUAGUGGAGAAAACACUCCAUCCCCCUUGAAUCGAGAUGAUAAUUCCAAUGAAAAUUCUUCAUCACCACCAAGUGUAGUAGUAGAAAAUAUUCCUCAAUGUCAGUCAUCUUCACAAAAUAGUAAUGUAAAAACACCAUACGGAACCAAUCUUGUAAAUAUUUCAAAUAAUCUCGUCAAUAAUGUGAUGAAUCCGAUAACAAGUGUGGAAAAUAUGUUGAGUCAAACUCCUUCGUUUUUAAGAACAAUGAGGAUGAACCUUAUUGAUGCUUACUAUGAAAUAGUAUCUUUGGGCUAUCCUCUUAUUGAGAGAUCAGAAUUGGAGCGAUACAUGUUUAGCCAGGAUCAACUCAAUGAUAGAAAGGAAAUUCUUGCAUUUGUCUUGUCUAUACAGGGAUUGUGCCAACAAAGGUUUGGAUAUUCAGAUCUUGCCACUGAUAGUAUUGAAAAAUCUGCUCUAGUUCUGAAAGACUGUUUUGAUGGAUACUCUGAUUUUUAUACAGCUGCAACUUAUUCAAAUUUUGCAUAUUAUUUUUUAGGUGAAGGCGAUACAAAGAAAUCAAGAUUCUACAAUCAUUUUGUAGAAUUUUAUUUGAAAGAAUUGGAUGAAUUUGCAAAUAUUUACCAGCAAAACCUUAGAUGGAUUAAGCUUUUGGUUGACUAUUUGGGAAAUCCUAGAUUUCCCUAUCUUUCUCCUGUUGAUUUAAUAGGAUUUUUCAACUCUGUAGUAGAUAAGGAUAUGCCUACUGAAUGGAAGAAUGCACUCUUUGAUUUUGCUGGUACUAAUAUUUCAAAUUGUGAAGAAAGGUUGGCUAUUUUUCAUUGCAUUACAGAUUCAAUGCAAAAGAUGAGAAGAGGGUCACUUAUAUCAUCUAUUAUUUAUGAUGUAAUUUAUGGUGUGUUGAAAACAGGAUUGAGUAUUUCUAUUUAUUCUUUUGUGGAUUUAAUUCAUUUUAGGCAAACUAUAUUCGACCUUAUUGUCAAGAUGUUUAAUAUUUCAGAUAAUGAAUACUUUUCAUUCUCACCACCUAUUGUAAUACCCUACAUGAUCGUUUCUGCCAAAAUAUUAUUGGAGAUGGAAAAGGUUAUCGCUACAGGAGAGUUGAAUACUAAUGGUAUCGAUUACUACAAUUCCAAAACUCUGAGACAUAUAUAG